CCUCAGCUGAUCAGCUGUCCAGGAUGGAGAGCAGCCAUCUCGUACGAUAUGAGCUGCUGGCAGAGAUUGGGGAAGGAGCUUACGGAAAAGUGUACAAAGCGAGGGACCUGGAGAAUAACGGGAAGUGUGUGGCUCUGAAAAGAAUAGUCGUUCCAAGAACGCCAGAGGGUAUCCCCCUAAUAGUAAUUCGAGAAGUGGCCUGGUUGAAACAGUUAGCCCUCUUUGACCAUCCAAACAUCAUCAGGUUAUUUGACGUCGAGCUUGAUCACCAGACGGAUCAGGCAAUGAAAGUGACACUUGUAUUUGAACUGAUUGAGCAGGAUUUAUGUGUCUUCCUCACAAAAGUUCAGGAGCCGGGGCUUCCUCCGAAUAAAGUUAAGGACAUGAUACGGCAACUGUUUAGAGGCUUAGAUUUUCUCCAUUCAAACCGUGUGGUGCAUCGUGAUUUGAAGCCCCAGAACAUUCUGGUUUCAAACAAGGGCCAGGUGAAAUUGGCAGACUUUGGGCUGGCGCGUGUAUACAGCUUCAACAUGGCGCUGACACCUGUGGUUGUGACUCUGUGGUACCGGGCACCAGAAGUCCUUCUGUAUUCACGGUACACAGCUGCGGUGGACAUGUGGAGCGCAGGAUGUAUCUUUGCUGAAAUCCUCCAACUGAGACCCUUUCUUUGUGGAAUUUCAGAUAUUAAUCAGCUUCAAAAAAUAUUUGAUGUCCUCGGUCUUCCUGAUGAAGAGGAAUGGCCCACAAGUGCCCCUCUGCCCUACAGUUCUUUCACUCCCAGGCUGGUGAAGCCCAUUGAAGAUUCAUUACCUCAGAUUGAUUCACUGGGCAAAGACCUACUGCUUAAGUGUCUUCACUUUAGUCCAGACCAAAGGAUGUCCACCUAUGAGGCCCUUGCCCAUCCGUACUUCCGUGACACACCAGGAGCAGAACAAAAGAACGGGCCUGUGUUGGAGUGAGAAGAGGCACACCUCUGGCAAUAAAAUCCAUGCUAGCUGCAGAUAUUACUGGGAGAAGGAGCGACACUGAACUGAAAUUGUUCCCAGCACUUCCAACACCUCAAAACGACUUGAUCAACAGUGAAACCGUUUGGGAUGUACUUGGAUAGUGAACGACACCUCAAAAAAGUGUUGCUUUUCUUUUUCGAAGAGCAACAAGGAAUUAAACUGAAGAAAAUCCAGAUUUGUUGAGUUUUUAACUUUUAGGUUACAACGCCGGCCGUAGUGGUAGAAAUUCGUACUUGGCCACGUGUAUUAAAUGCUGUGGUUUGAUCCGCAGAGAAAAUACGUUGGAAGUGGAAAUCCAGUUGCCACAUUUCCCACAUGUUAUUGAAGAUGAAUUUCUGGCCCCACAAUGUUUUGUCAUUAUUUGACCGUUCUGCUUUGAGUUUGACAGGAGAUGUGAAGAGACGCUAGUAGUUUUUGUUUUAAUUUUGAGGUCACGAUAUGCAGCUGAAUCACCUGUAGCAGCUUUUUACCUUGAAAGUGACUCUUUGGUUUGUUGCAACUGGAAGGUGAGGAAUGGGCGUGCAGACUUGUUAAAGAACCUGGGUUGAGGAGACCAAGAGUGAAAGGUAACUGAAGCACAAGGUUUAAGCCUGGACUGUGGGGGCAAGUGAAUAACUUCAACCCAUGAUUCAUCAUCUUUGAUUUCCAUCCCGCAAGCAUCCGAUGUUUCCAUUCUUUGUUCAUUAAUUCUCCAUUCGGUUAAAACUACAGGCCCACCACCAAUUUCCAUCCAUGAGAGGCCACUUGAAAUCUCAUAUGUGUUGUCCAGGCCGGGUCAGGCAGCCGAUCUCGAACUCAAGGGGAUUUCUGCGCCGAUCGGCGGGUCGAAUUUGCCCCUGCGGCUGCGAGCCUAGAACUCUGGUCCGGCCAGAGCCAGCAGAUCCGUUCCCGGAGCCGUCUUUGCGGACCCCCAAGGCCGUGAUAUCAGUUGCUUCAGCAAAACAGAUGAUACGGCAAGUCUC